GUGAGAGAUGACAGAGUUUCAACCAGCACGUUAAGAGUUUAAAUAAAUAGUCUGUAUGGAGGUAAAUAUACUAGCUGUCUAAUCUCAGUGACAAAGCAACUACUAACCCACCUGUGAGGCAGGCAACUGUUUCAAUUAAAUGUCAGGACCUGAAGAAAUCACUGAAGAUGCCGCUCUUUGGAAACACGUUCAGUCCGAAGAAGACUCCUCCUCGCAAAUCUGCCUCUCUGUCCAGCCUCCACACGUUGGAUCGCUCAACAAGAGAAGUCGAGCUGGGUCUUGAGUAUGGACCUCCUGUGAUGAACCUUGGAGGUCAGAGUUGGAAAUUUGAAGAAGGACAUUGGAUAUCAGAAUCUGGUGGGAAUGCAUCUGGUAGGGAAGUGCAGCGGCUUAAGAAAAGAAAUGUACAGCUUGAAGAAGAGAACAACCUCCUGAAACUUAAGAUUGAAAUUCUGUUGGACAUGUUGACAGAGACUACCGUAGAAUACCACCUGAUAGAGAAAGAAGUGGAAGAUAUAAAGACUCAACAUCGAAGGAAGAAAUGACAAACCGGAUCCGAUGCAUUCAUCCUAGGAAAUGUUCUUCAUUCACAGUUUGAAGUUUGUUGAUGUAAAAAAAAAAAGAAGCGUUACUUUGUUUUUAAUUUUUGUUUCUUUGCUCAUAAGCACAGAGAUAUUUUUUUUCGUAUAAUGAGGACUUUUGUGCUGCCGGUCUCGGCCCUGCUUGUAUUUAAUUGGAAAAGCAGGUACCCCUUAAUCAGAUUUAGUGAGGACUUUUAUUUGUUCUGUCCUGCAUUUAAUCAAAUCUUAAACAACUGUGAACAUGUUUGUUCUAUACCCAGCAUCAUUUCUACAUCUUUUACAUCUGUAUGGCAAAUAUUGGCCGACAUUUUCUUUUUAGGAUUUUUUGUAUUUACUGUAUUUUCUAUUAAGAUUAAAAAUAAAGUCCAUUACGGGUA